AUGCAGACCACCCACCGAAUGCUGCGAGAUUUGAGCGCGUUGGUGCACCGGCAACUCCAGAUCACGAUUUCGCGAAACAAGAACCGGAAUUUCAGUGAGAACUCGGCGCCGAUGGGCUAUCACAUGUAUGCUAAGGGCUCACCGCUCGGAACUAUAGGCGGGCUUGAAGCCUUGAGGCUUGUGCCACCUGAGGUACCUGACAUGGCGAAUGAUGCUAAGCGCAUAAUGAAAAUUGCGCAGUUGAGCAAGAUGCACAAGUUGGAGCAUACGCCGUCGUAUGAAGAUGACGCGGUAUCUCGUCGAUUCUCGGUCAGCUCCAUGAACUUGACUCGCAUGACGGGGACUAUGAAGAAGCGAAAGAACAAUAUGUUCGCCGAGAAACCCAACGCGGACUCGAGCGUGUCUCCAGAGGAAAUUCUAUCCGCUCGCAAUCCAGCCAGUGACAUGGAUCGCUAUACCAUUCGACACGAUUCGCCGUAUCGGAAGCUUUGGGACUCGCUCGUCCUGGUGAUGAUUUGCCUCGAUAUUGUAUUCACGCCGCUAUUUCUGGGCUUUGACUACAACUCCAAGUUUCUCGAUUUCUACAACAACUUUGAGCCUGUGGUGUUCACGAUCGACUUUUUCGUGCGGAUGUUCUCGUCCUACGUGAAUGAACACGGGGAGCUCAUUUCUGGACCCCGACGAACAGCGAUGAAUUACCUGAUGAGUGGCUGGGCAGUACCGGAUUUUCUGAGUUGGUUUCCUUUUGAAUACUUAGCGAGGUUUGAUCAUAGUGACGCGCUUGGCUUUAUGAAAAUUAUUCGCUUGGCCAAAGUGAGUAACCUCGCGUACAGGCUCCACUCUGCCAAAAAGGCGGGAUUCGUGCGAUUUAUUAUGCUACUUGGAUUGGUUCUCACUAUUGCCCACCUACUGACGUGCUACUGGAGUGCGGUGGCAGUCGAAUGGCGCACUCAUCUGGAAGAAGGUGCUUUUGUGCCGAAGUCAUUGUUUGAGGAGUACAGUCUGUGCUGGUCGCUCGUCAUUGGAUGUGUCAACGCAAGUCCCCCCGUAAUGUACUCAGCGAUCGAACUGAUAUCCGUCGCCUGCUUUAUGCUAGUGGGCAACAUUCUCCAAGCGAGCGUGUUCGGCGCUGUUGCUGCGCUAAUUUCAUCGCUUGAUGAGAGAGAGGCUGCGUACAGCAAGAAAAUCAUCACGACAUUGGAGCGUUGUCGUUUCCUCGGCAUUCCCGAAGCUCUGACGAAGCGCAUUGAAGGUUACUACGAAAAUCUUUGGAGAGAAACGAAGAACAUCAAUACCGAUGCAGACGCUUUCAUCAAUGAGCUGUCACCGGCGUUGAUCUGCGAGGUGAAGUUCCAGCUUUAUCGAGACAUGCUCAAGCGGAUUCCUUUUCUCUCCUCGAAGACGUUGGCGCCUGCUGUGAUCGAGCUGUUGAUUUUGCACUUGAGGACCGUCAUAUACAUGCAAGACGACGUCUUGAUUCGGAAAGGGGAGUUCGGGGACUGGAUGGGUUUUAUCGGGAACCAAGGAAGUGUUGGCGUGCUCGAUCCUAACUCCACUGCGUGCAAAAUCAUGUGCAUUCUUCGCAAAGGCGAUUACUUCGGCGAGAUGGCACUGCUGCAGCACACCAAGCGAUCGGCGACGACGGUGGCGCUGACGUGGGUGCAGAUCCAUGUCCUCUGUCGCCAGGACUUGGACUACGUGAAAGAGAUGUACCCAACACAGUCAGAGAUACUGGAAACCGAGAUCAGCAAGUACAAAUACAUGACAUCAGGGCUUGAGCGCUGGUAG